CUUAGAAGUGGUUUACUUGUCGAUAGAGAAGACAACAUAAUUGUUCAGUCGGUGCAUUUUGCAUCGAUUCUCAUCAGAUCGAUCAUUUAUAAGUGACAUGUUGCCGUUUUUCGCUUGAGCACAAGACUCUGUCGCGCGCGUUUGGAACAGUGUGCAUCGUGAGCGGUCUCCAGUCCACUUGAGAUAUUUUACAUCAGAAGAUUUUUCUGGUCAUUUUCGCCAUGGCACCGCCACAGAACGGAUCUAACCUGACGGGAAACUUUACAAAUCAGUUUGUGCAGCCGCCGUGGCGCGUCGCGCUCUGGUCUGUGGCGUACAGCUCCAUCCUGGCGAUCGCGGUGUUCGGGAAUCUGAUCGUCAUGUGGAUCAUUCUGGCUCAUAAGCGGAUGCGAACCGUCACCAAUUACUUUCUGCUCAACCUGGCGUUUUCAGACGCAUCGAUGGCCGCCUUCAACACUUUGAUUAAUUUUGUUUAUGCCACGCAUGGUGACUGGUAUUUUGGAGAAGCCUACUGUAAAUUUCACAACUUUUUCCCCGUCACCUCCGUGUUUGCGAGCAUUUACUCGAUGAGCGCUAUAUCAGUCGACAGGUACAUGGCCAUCAUCCAUCCCCUGAAGCCACGGCUCUCAGCCACAGCCACUAAGGUGAUCAUUGUGUGUAUUUGGGUUCUGGCUGUGGUUUUGGCCUUUCCUCUGUGUUUCUUUUCAACCAUCAAAAAAUUGCCCAAGCGGACCCUCUGCUACGUUGCCUGGCCAAGACCUUCAGAGGACCCUUUCAUGUAUCAUAUCAUAGUGGCUUUGCUGGUGUACGUUCUGCCCCUGGUGGUCAUGGGAAUUACCUACAAUAUUGUCGGUUUGACGCUUUGGGGAGGAGAGAUUCCUGGAGUCUCAUCAGACAACUAUCAGGGCCAACUGCGAGCCAAAAGAAAGGUGGUGAAAAUGAUGAUCAUCGUGGUGGUGACCUUUGCCAUCUGCUGGAUGCCAUACCACGUAUAUUUCCUCGUUACGGGGUUGAACAAGCAGCUGGUUAGGUGGAAGUUCAUUCAGCAGAUCUAUUUGUCAGUCAUGUGGCUUGCCAUGAGCUCCACCAUGUACAACCCCAUUAUUUACUGCUGCUUGAACAGCAGGUUUCGGGCCGGCUUCAAACGGGUUUUCCGCUGGUGCCCUUUUGUGCGGGUGUCAGACUAUGACGAGCUUGAGCUGCGGGCCAUGCGGCAUAAAGUAGCGCGCCAGAGCAGCAUGUACACACUCUCACGAAUAGAGAGCACCAUCGUAGCUGUGUGUGACCCCUCAGAGCCAACCGGUCACCUAGGCCGAAAGAGCCUUCACCACCACCAGCACAACGGCUGCUCCAACCCUAACAAGAGCAAAGAAGUGACGUAUAUGCCGAGCGACCUGAAGGAGGAAUUCUGCUGAGAUGGACUUUGACGUAAGAUUUGUGCUGAAGUAUCAAAAACAGCCGUUUUAACAAAGCCUCAUUCUGUAAAUGGGAAGGAGGUGAUAAGAAUUGAAAAGUAGACUGUUUAUUUGUCAUAUCAUUAAUUGAAAAUGCAAGUGUAUAACACAUAAACAGCAUCCUGAUACAGUAAUGUUUUGUGGCGUAUGUCUGGUGCGCUAUGCCUUAAAAAAAAUUUGAGUCACCCCCAGCACUCAUCACCACAAAGACCAAUAUUGUCCAGCAUCUGAGGAGCACUUUGUCUAUAGCAGAAAUUGUAGAUAGCGGCUGCCCUUUGAUGCCAAUCAGGUCCUCUUUCAUCAUGUGGUUAGCAAGGACAGCAUGCUACCUGAAUGCCAAAGUUUUGAUUUCUCCCUGGAGCUGAACGCUCAAUUCUUGUUAAAAUCUCUCAUGUUUGAAAAGGUUGAGACCGAUCCUGAGCUGGUAAAUAAGCAGGUGUGUUUCCAGCACACGAGCUGCUUGGCUGAAUCGUGUAGGGAAAUUUGUUAGCUUCAUAUUCUUUCCUGUUUCAUCUAAAACAUUUAAUGUAAUUGAUGAGAUGGUAAACCAAUUGUGCAUCAUCGUAUUAGCAUAGCUAAGAUCAAUUUUGAAAUUUGACCUUGUAGACUGCUACUGCACUAUAUGUAUGUACAGUAUGGUAUAUAUUUUCUGUUUGCAUGGAAUAGCUGGAUGACUUGUUCAUUUGGCAGAGAGCACUGCAUGGGAUGCUGUAUCCCUUUCGUGCAAUGCAUAUUACUUUUCAUGACCAUUCAUUUCCAGUGUGAUGAAAGAACCGUCAGUUUUCUUUGUUGUUACUUGGUUUCGUUGGUCUGCUGAUCAAAUUUUUAUUUUUAUUUUACAAUAACUAGACGCUAUAUGCUAAAUUAAACAUGGACAGAGCAAGGUCUUGACAAAAUAAUGUAGCAUGAUGCUGUUUGAAAUGUUUGCAUAAUGUGUCUUGGGUUUUUAAAAUAUAAUGUGCAGUCGUAUGCAUUCGAUUGUGCAAAAAUGCAGUACAUUAAACAUUAUUACAGCUGAAUUUUCAGCAUCAUUA